AUGAUUGCCCGCCUGAGGCCAGUAAUCAUGCCCAUUCCCCGCCGGGUGAGGUCACUCUCAACCGCGCGGGGUUCCUUAUCUGGACUCAAGAUCAACACCGACCGCCUUCAAGAGUCAAUUCAUCAUACAUGCCAAUGGGGUGCAGCGCAUCGAUAUGGAAAGGGUGCGACAGAGACAGGCAUGGCCAGACUGGCGCUGUCUGACGACGAUGCUCGCGUGAGAAAAUGGUUCUCCGAUGAGGUAGCAAACCUUGACUGUGAACUUGCAAUCGAUGAGAUGGGAAACAUGUUUGCGAAACGUCAAGGAGCGCUCAAAUCUUCCGCUCCGAUGACAGCCAUGGGGAGCCAUCUUGAUACCCAACCCCGCGGGGGCAGAUACGACGGCAUUCUGGGCGUUCUAGCCGCCGUAGAGGUGAUGAGAACACUAAAAGACAACAACUUCAAGACGCAAUUCGAUGUUGGCAUCGUCAAUUGGACCAACGAAGAAGGCGCCCGUUUCCCGAGAUCAAUGAUGUCCUCCGGCGUCUGGGCAGGUGAAAUCCCGCGGGAAAAGGCCUGGGACUUGGGCGAUAUCUUCGACCCGUCUGUAACCGUCAAGUCUGAGCUGGAGCGACACGGCUACAUCGGUCAGCUCGCCUGUUCAAGCGACGCAUCAACUGGUUACCCUCUGGGCGCGCACUUUGAGUUGCACAUCGAGCAGGGCCCCAUCCUCGAGGAGAACGGCAGGAAGAUCGGCGUCGUGCAGGGCGCGCAGGCGUAUCGCUGGUUCACCUUCACCAUCACGGGCCGCGACGCACACACGGGCACCACGCCGUUGAAGUCCCGCAGAGACCCGUUGCUCGCAGCGUCCAAGAUGAUUGCUUCCUCCAACGCCAUCGCAAAGGAGCUCGGGGCGCUGGCGUCGACAGGUGUUCUCAAGAUCCCUCCCAGCUCGUCGACCAACACCAUCGUCUCGGAGGUUACCUUCACCCUUGAUAUUCGCCACCCCGAAAACGCAGUUGUCGAAGAGGUGCAGAGGCGUUGCAUCGAGUCGUUUGAGAAGAUCGCUGGGGAGGAUGGCCGCGGGGUCGAGGUGCAGUGGACGCUCGAUACCGAUUCGCCCGCGGUCAAGUUUGACAAGGAGUGCAUCCAAGCCGUGGAGAAUGCAGCGAUUGGUCUUUUUGGGCCGGACGGCUGGCUGCCGUUGACCAGCGGCGCGGGGCAUGACAGCGUUUACACGAGCAAGCGGUGCCCAACGACAAUGAUUUUCGUCCCUUGCAAGGACGGUGUGAGCCAUCACCCCGAGGAAUAUUGCAGUCCGGAAGAUUGUGCGAAUGGCACCCAAGCCCUGCUUGAAGCCGUUGUAAGCUACGACCAUCUAAGAGCUAGCAGAAAGUGA